UCGUCUCUUCCAGGUAGUACCGCACCAGGAAUGACGGUGAACUCACCGCUGCGCUUUAGAGGAAAGAAGAUCCUGGCUCCAAUGGUGCGAGUGGGGACAUUACCAAUGCGACUUCUUGCUCUAGACUAUGGUGCCGAUAUCGUAUACUGUGAGGAGCUGAUUGACAUAAAGAUGCUGCAGUGUAAAAGGGUUAUAAAUGAAGUGCUUGAAACGGUGGACUUUGUUGCACCUAAUGAAAGAGUUGUUUUCAGAACUUGUGAGAGGGAGAGGCACCAUGUUGUUUUUCAGAUGGGUUCAGCAGAUGCUGAAAGAGCCCUGGCAGUAGCUAAGCUUGUAGAGAGUGAUGUAGCUGGUAUUGAUAUCAACAUGGGAUGCCCGAAAGAAUAUUCUACCAAGGGAGGUAUGGGAGCAGCACUGCUGUCUGAUCCUGACAAAAUAGAGUCUAUACUGACUACCCUUGUUAAAGGAAUUUGCAAGCCAAUAACCUGCAAAAUCCGCAUUUUGCCCUCUAUUCAAGAUACUGUGAAUCUGGUGAAGAGAAUAGAGAAGACUGGCAUUGCUGCCAUUGCAGUCCAUGGAAGAAAGAAGGAGGAGAGGCCUCAGCACCCUGUCCACUGUGAUGUGAUCAAAGCCAUAUCUGAAGCAGUCUCCAUUCCAGUAAUAGCAAAUGGAGGAUCUCAUGACUUCAUCAAAGAAUAUACAGACAUUGAGACCUUCCAGAAAGCAACAGCUGCCUCAUCAGUAAUGAUAGCUCGGGCUGCCAUGUGGAACCCAUCUAUCUUCAGAAAAGAAGGCUUCUUCCCCUUGAAGGAAGUCAUGCAAGAUUACAUCAAAUAUGCAGUGAGGUAUGAUAAUCACUACACCAACACAAAAUACUGUUUGUGUCAGAUGUUAAGAGAGCAGUUGGAAACUACUCAGGGUAAGAAGCUGCAUGCUGCACAGUCCACACAGGAGAUCUGUGAAGCCUUCGAAAUGGCUGACUUCUAUGAAGAAACAACAGCUACUUUUGAAGCAAAGAAAAUGUCUUUAGAAACUGAGACACAAGAUGAAGACGACCAAAUGGAAGAUCCAGAUGUAAUAAAAAUGGCUGUUAGAUUUGACAAGCGAGAAUAUCCACCACAGAUUACUCCAAAAAUGUGUCUUCUGGAAUGGUGUAGGAAAGAAAAGCAUCCUCAGCCUGUUUAUGAAACUGUUCAAAGACCACUGGAUAGGUUAUUCUGUUCAGUAGUGACAGUAGCUGAGCAAAAAUACAGAUCAACACUGUGGGACAAGUCAAAGAAACUAGCAGAACAGUCUGCAGCUAUUGUCUGUUUGAGAACCUUGGGUGUCCCUGAAGGAAAGCUGUGUGAAGGAGAAAAUCAACUGAUUAACAAACGCAAGAGGGAAGACCAGGAGCGCUUGAAUAACAGAGACUGUGGAGAAGAUCCUGCUGAACCUUCCCAGAAAAAAGCUAAUUUUAUUGAAGAAGCUUCUGACAUGAAAUUGCCUAAGAUGCCACGAUAGCAUGGAAAUUGGUGGUUUCAC